CCACUUUGAGUUACUCAAGUCUGUUUAUCUUUCAGAUUUUUCAGUGCUGAGAUUUCAAACUGGAGGAUUCAUGACCGGAUUAAGAAAGGUGGAACAAUUGAUGAUAGCCAAUGGUGAUGAACUUUCAUCUGAAUGGCAGAAUGAAGGUAGAUUGCUGCAACACCUGAUAUCUCUUCGAAGUUUGUUCAUUGAAAGAAACUCCCACCUUCUUCAAUUGCAUUGCCUGACUUCACUUCAAAUGCUUCACAUAUAUAGAUGCCCAAGUCUAGUUUCCAUUCCAGAGUCAUGUUUGCCAGCUUCUCUUAAAGAUAUAGAGAUUGAAAGGUGCGGUUCUCUGACGUGCUUUGCAAGAUACAAAAUACCCCCGAGUCUAAGAACAAUAGAGAUUAAACAUUGCCAGUGUUUGAAAUAUUUGGUAGAGGAGGAGCAGGUGGAGGGUUGCUCCUCUGCUUCAUCUUCUCUUGAGUACUUGAGCAUAUCUAACUGUCCAUCUCUUAUCUCCUUAUCAUCCAGAGGUGGAUUACCAAAGGCACUUAAACACCUUUACAUAAGGGAUUGUGAACAACUGGAGACAAUAUCUGAAGGCUUCUAUGAUGACACUUGCCUCGAAGAACUUCAUAUUGGGCGUUGUGCAAAUCUGAAAUCCUUACCGGAGGGCCUAUGUCUUCUUGCCAAUCUUCGUAGAUUAAUUGUUUUGGUCUGUGGAAGUCUUGUUUCCUUCCCAACAGGAGGAUUGCCAACAAGGCCCUCCAACCUGACAUUCCUUGUUAUCUCUGAUUGUCAAAGAUGGAAAGGCUUCCCUAAAGGGAUGAUCAACCUCAACUCUCUCCAGGAGCUGGUGAUUGGAAGCUGUGAAGGUUUGGCGUCCAUUCUAGAGGAGGGUUUUCCCCCCAACCUAACAUCACUUAUCCUUUUGAAUCCCAGCAAUUGUAAGCCACUCACAGACUGGGGCUUGCACUUGCACAGACUCACCUCUCUUACAGAGUUAUGCAUCCAAGGUGUUGAUCAAGAUUUGGUCUCCUUUCCACCAGAGGAAAUGCUGCUUCCUACAUCUCUCAUUAAUCUUACCAUUGGAUUCUUCCUGAAUUUGAGACGAAUAUCCAGCCAGGGCCUUCAAGUCCUCACCUCUCUUGAAUCUCUUAGAAUUGAUGAUUGCCCAAAGCUUGCAUCCAUUCCAGAGGAUCUGCCCUUUUCACUCACACAACUUUACAUCUAUGAUGACUGUCCUCUGCUUAGAAAGAGAUAUAAACCAGAUAUACCACGAUACUGGGCCAAAAUAAGUCACAUUCCGUACAUAGAGAUUGGAGACUACAAACCCUAAGGCUCACAGCCUGCAUCCUUUAGGAGUCCAGACCUACAGAUCAAAAGGACAUGAGAAAUGCUCAAAGAUUAGAACUCAGUCCAGUUUAUAUGGAACAUCUCUGGUGCAACUUCAUUUCUUACUGCAGGAAGCAUGUCAGUAUCCUCUGUUACUGAAACUUCAUAUACAAUGAGGUAAGUCGCAUUUCCUGUCCAGUUUGUAGACAAAUAGCAAUAUCUCUUAGUAUAAUGUCAAGAC